GCUCUUUAAACAUGUGAGCUGCUGCUCCGGGAAUGUCGUGUGUGUGUGUGUGUGUGUGUGUGUAUAAAAUACAUGAGUGUGUGUGUGUGAAAGCACUGAAAUCGCACUGCUCGUCUGCUUCAGCGCCGUUUACUCAACACACAGCCAAGCCAUGCCUUCAGGUCUGUCUGCCCCCGAGUCGCUCUGUCCUCAUGCCGUCAGCAAGACGUAUGGAGACGGCAAGCUGGAAGACAAGGACCAAGUGCAGAACGGCGUGGAGGAGGAGAAGAGCGUCAUGGAGAGGAACUGGAUCCGUCCAGAUCUGCCCAGCAGGUGCACGUGGAAGCUCGGGGAUCCGAACACGGACUCUCCUCACUUGCACUCGGAGCGGACGAAGGCUCCCGGCAUUCUGCCCAACAUCCUGAGACACAUCGGAGACACGCCGCUGGUCCGCAUCAACAAGAUUCCCAAAAUGUUCGGGGUGAAGUGUGAGAUCUUGGGUAAGUGUGAGUUCUUUAACGCUGGAGGCAGUGUGAAGGAUCGCAUCGCCAUUCGUAUGGUGGAGGACGCGGAGAGAGACGGCAUCCUCAAACCCGGAGACACCAUCAUCGAGCCCACCUCUGGAAACACAGGUAUCGGCCUGGCCCUGGUUGCAGCAGUAAAAGGUUAUCGCUGCAUCAUUGUCAUGCCUGAGAAAAUGAGCAUGGAGAAGGUGGACGUGCUGCGCGCUCUUGGCGCCGAGAUCGUCCGGACCCCGACCGCCGCCCGUUUUGACUCUCCGGAGUCUCAUGUGGGCGUGGCCUGGCGCCUGAAGAACGAGAUCCCCAACUCCCACAUUCUGGAUCAGUACCGCAACGCUAGCAACCCGCUAGCUCACUACGACAACACAGCCGAGGAGAUCCUGGAGCAGUGCGAUGGUAAAAUAGACAUGCUGGUGGCGGGAGCUGGAACAGGCGGGACCAUCACCGGCAUCGCACGCAAGCUGAAGGAGAAAUGCCCGAACAUCAAGAUUAUUGCUGUGGACCCUGAAGGCUCGACCCUAGCAGAGCCAGAGGAGCUCAAUAAGACAGAUAAGACGCAGUAUGAGGUGGAGGGAAUAGGAUAUGACUUCAUCCCCACCGUACUGGACAGAUCUGUGGUUGACGGUUGGUGCAAGACCAACGACGAGGAGUCCCUCAACAUGUCACGUAUGCUCAUCCGACAGGAAGGAUUACUGUGUGGUGGUAGCUCGGGAGCAGCCAUGACUGCAGCAAUGAAGAUGGCGAAGGAGUUGAAGGAAGAUCAGCGCUGUGUGGUCGUCCUGCCCGACUCGCUGCGUAACUACAUGUCCAAAUUCCUCAGUGACAAGUGGAUGUGUGAAAAAGGCUUUCUGAGAGAGGAGGACCUGAUGAUCAACAAACCAUGGUGGUGGCAUUUGACUCUACAGGAGCUAGAACUCUCUGCCCCUCUAACAGUUCUGCCAUCUGUUAGCAUUAAAAACACCAUCAAGAUCCUGAAGGACAAGGCGUUCGACCAGGCUCCGGUAGUCAACGAGGCCGGAGUGAUCGUGGGCACCGUCACACUGGGUAACAUGCUGUCCUCUGUACUCGCCGGGAAGGUCAGUGCAUCUGACCCCGUCGUCAAAGUCCUGUAUAAGCAGUUUAAAGAGGUUCGUCUCACUGAUAACCUGGGUAAGCUCUCCAGGAUCCUGGAGAUGGACCACUUCGCCCUGGUGGUGCACGAACAGAUCCAGUACCUGACAGACGGUUCGUCUGCUCUGAAGAAGAUGGUGUUUGGGAUCGUCACAGCCAUCGACUUGCUGAAUUUUGUGACCACUCGUGAGAGGAGAGAGCGCACACUGUCCGAGUGCUCGCUCCCUGAUGACCUGUAGCUGACACACACACACACACACACACACACACACACACACACACACUCUGAAACACUGACGCAAUUUGACAUGCAUAUGCAGCAGUGAGUGUUACAGCUUUAUAUAUUUUUAAUGGGUUUCUUUUUGUUUCUAAUGCAAGUGCACAUAUUUCCGAGCUUAAAGCUGCAGUCUGUAAUGGUUAAACAUGUUUCUACACCUGAUCGUAAUAAUCAUACACUUUUAAAGAUACCUUACACACUGGGAGUCGCACUGUUGCUAUGCAGUGGCGCUCUCUGAUCUCGUCACAUCAGGCUUCUGUUCACAUUAUUCUGGCCCAGAAAUAAGGUCCACCCCCAGCCAGACUGGUGCAGCUCAGCUCCGCCUCUUUUUCCCUUAAAAGGUAACGAGGUGUGGUGUUGAUUUGUCAGUGUUACACACUGCUCCUUUAAUGAUUGCACAGUUAUUAGAAAUCCACUCCAGAGUGUAUUACUGUUUCCUGUCAAACGCCGAGUGCAUCAUGACGACUCGCUGAUGUCAUCGGUGCACUUUAAACUCGCGAUGUAAUAAAGAUUGAACUGCUGUAUAUCAUUACUUUACUCAUUAUCAUUUUUCUUUUUGAGAUAUGUAUAUAGUUGAAUUGAUACAGAGGCAUGCCUUAGUAUAACUUUUAAAUGAAUGCUGCUGCUUUCUGGCUCAUUUGGCAUUCUGUAUAAGGCUCGACUGCCACCUUGUGGCCACAUGGGAUCACUGCAGAAAAGCCAAAGAAUAAAAAUGGUACAAAAAUCUGAUGUAUUCCUGGAGGACUGUGAAUGAUUAUUGAUGCUUUGGCCUUGUCUACAGAAUAUUUGAUAGUUUUACUGGUUUUUCUUCUUCUUCUUCUUCAUCUUUCACUUGUUGGUUUAUUGUAAAUUAAAACUGUGUGGAAGAUUUGGAUGUAAAUAAGAGAGGGUGUGAAGCACGAGGUCAUCAGAUUCAUGCUGUAAAUCUUGUUGUCCAAAACCUCAUAAAGCUGAAUGUUAUAACCUCCACGUCUUUUCUUUUAGACUUUUUUUUUUUUUACUUUAUUUGAUUUGUUUCUUUUCAUGGAGGAAUUUAUAAAUGCUGAAUUGAAUUUGUUCUUAUUUUAAAUAAAGUUGUUUUUUUCUUUAGGA